GCAUACUGCGGGGUGUGAAGGGGCCGGAGCCGCUGAAGAGUUGCGAGUCGGCGAAAGCGGCGGGAAGUUCGUUUUGAGCGGAAGACGACGGGUCUGCGGCUCGGGUGAAAAUGCCUCGUGUAAAAGCAGCUCAAGCUGGAAGACAGGGCCCUGCAAAGAGACAUCUUGCAGAACAUUUUGCAGCCGGGGAGAUAAUCACUGACAUGACCAAAAAGGAAUGGAAACUAGGAUCACCCAUUGGCCAAGGUGGCUUUGGUUGUAUAUAUCUUGCUGAUACGAAUUCUUCAAAAUCGGUGGGCAGCGAUGCACCCUGUGUUGUAAAAGUGGAACCCAGUGACAAUGGACCUCUUUUUACUGAAUUAAAGUUCUACCAGCGAGCUGCCAAACCAGAACAAAUUCAGAAAUGGAUUCGUACCCAUAAACUGAAGUACCUGGGUGUCCCUAAGUAUUGGGGGUCUGGUCUACAUGACAAAGAUGGAAAAAGUUACAGGUUUAUGAUAAUGGAUCGCUUUGGGAGUGACCUUCAGAAAAUAUAUGAAGCAAAUGCCAAAAGGUUUUCUCGGAAAACUGUCUUGCAGCUAAGCUUAAGAAUUCUGGAUAUUCUGGAAUAUAUUCAUGAGCAUGAGUACGUACACGGAGAUAUCAAGGCCUCAAAUCUUCUUCUCAGCUACAAGAAUCCUGACCAGGUAUACUUGGUAGAUUAUGGCCUUGCUUAUCGGUACUGCCCAGAAGGAAUUCACAAAGAAUACAAAGAAGACCCCAAAAGAUGUCACGAUGGCACGAUUGAAUUCACCAGCAUCGAUGCGCACAAUGGUGUGGCCCCAUCAAGACGUGGUGACUUGGAAAUCCUCGGUUAUUGCAUGAUCCAGUGGCUUAGUGGCCAUCUUCCUUGGGAGGAUAAUUUGAAAGAUCCCAACUAUGUUAGAGAUUCCAAAAUUAGAUACAGAGAAAAUAUUGCAGGUUUGAUGGACAAAUGUUUUCCUGAGAAGAACAAGCCAGAUGAAAUUGCUAAGUACAUGGAAACAGUGAAAUUACUGGAUUAUGCUGAAAAACCUCUUUAUCAAAAGUUGCGAGAUAUUCUUUUGCAAGGACUGAGAGCUAUAGGAAGUAAGGAUGACAGCAAGCUGGACCUCAGUGUUGUGGAGAAUGGAAGUUUGAAAGCAAAAACAAUAACAAAGAAGAGAAAGAAAGAAAUAGAGUGGAGCACACAACCUGGUGUUGAAGAUAUGGAAUGCUCGGAUACACAGACAGAAGAGGCCACACAAACCCGUUCGAAAACCAGGAAGAGAGUCCAGAAGUAAAUCAAAUACUGUGAACCAGUUUUUCUUUUCUUCCUUUCAUUUGACUUUUUCUUCUUUUUCUGUAUUAAGUGUUUUAUUUUCAUGUGAGUCUUGUGGAGUGGGGGAAACAAUGAAGUACCUAUGUCUUUGAAAAGUAGACUUUUUUUUAUUAAAUACUUUGUAGAAUUUA